AACUUAACACAUAGCCAUACAUUUCCAUUGCCAUUCACAAUUCGAUCAAACACAUAUCCUUGAAAUAAAAACCAUGGAUCCAUUUUGGUUUGCUCUCAUUGAUCUCAUGUUUCCCAACCUUGUACCAAACUGCAUUCUCUCUCACUCUUCUUCUCCUCUCCUACUGCAUCUUCAUCUCAAACCUAUGUUCCUCGCCAGGUGGCUUUGCAUGGAGAAACCACCAAAACCCUAAAAACAAACUCAAGAGCCCUAAAUUUUCUUGGCCUAUUUCUAGGGUUUCUACCCCAAAUGGGGCACCUCGCCCACCGCAGGCUGGCAGUCCGCGGCCUUCGCUCUGCGUGCCACGCGCCUCAUGGCCAUCAGCCUCGGCAUUGAGCGCGUGGUGAUCAGCAGCGACCCCGAGACCGCCAAGGAGAUUCUAUGCGGGGGCGCGUUCUUGGACCGCCCCGUGAGGGACUCCACGCGCCUCCUCAUGUUCGACCGCGCCAUCGGCUUCUCCCCAUCGGGUAGCCACUGGCGCCACCUGCGUAGAAUAGCCUCCACACACAUGUUCUCCCCGAGGAGGGUGGCGGGCCUCGAGGGCCUCAGGCAGGCGGCCGCGGAUAACAUAAUCCGAAGGGUGGAAGAGGAGAUGAGUGCGGGGGGGUUCGUGGAGUUGAGAGGGAUCCUUCAAAGGGCCUCUUUAGAGAAUGUGUUGGAGAGUGUGUUUGGGGUUAGUGGUUUAGGGUUUGGGGAUGAGUUGGGUGUGAUGGUGAGAGAAGGGUAUGAGCUGAUGGGAGAGUUCAAUUGGGCUGAUUAUUUUCCAUUGGAGUUUUUGGAUUUCUUUGGGGUGAGGAGAAGAUGCCAUAAGUUGGCAGGUAAGGUUAGUGAGAUUGUGACUAGGAUUAUAAAAGAGAGGAAAAGAGAUGGAGAUUUUAAAGUGAGGGAUGAUUUUCUUAGUGUUUUGCUUUCUCUGCCUCAGGAGGAUCUACUUAGUCAUGCAGAUAUGGUGGCUGUGCUCUGGGAGAUGGUAUUUAGAGGAGUAGAUAAUAUUUAUAUUCUCCUUGAAUGGAUUAUGGCAAGAAUGGUUCUACACCAAGAUAUUCAAGCGAAGGUCAGACAUGAAAUCGAAGUUAAUGUUGGUCGUACCAAACACGUUACAGAAUCACACAUUCCGAAUCUUCCGUUUCUUCAAGCCAUUGUUAAGGAGGUGUUGAGGCUCCACCCCCCCGGCCCGUUACUCUCGUGGGCCCGUCUCGCAAUCCACGACGUCGAAGUCGACAAAUGCUUCAUACCAAGUGGCACAACGGCUAUGGUCAACAUGUGGGCCAUAGCGCAUGACCCGACGGUAUGGCCCGACCCGUGGGCUUUCAAGCCCGAAAGAUUCAUAGAAGGGGAUUUCUCCAUUAUGGGAUCGGAUUUGAGGCUCGCUCCUUUUGGGUCGGGCCGACGGGUCUGCCCCGGGAAGGCCCUCGGACUGGCUACGGUUCACCUCUGGCUAGCAAGAAUUCUGCAAAACUUCAAAUGGCUUCCACGUGGACCGGUUGAUCUUGAAGAAUGUCUAAAGCUCUCUCUUGAAAUGAAGAAACCAUUAGUAUGCCGUGCAGUUUCCAUAAAUUGAAAUUGUGAAAAUACUGAUCAUAUGUUAUUUGCAUGUAAUAUCGUACAAGCUUAAAAUUGUACAAUUAAGUAUAGUUUUAUCAACCCCUCAAAAAAAAAAGUAUAGUACGUGUUACGUUAUCAAGUUUGUACAACCUAGCUAGCUAAUUAAGCUAGAAUAAAUGCAUUGAGUUUUACACUUUUAUUUUAGAAA